GACGCCGCCAAAAUGGUCAAGGAAGGACUUGAGCAGAGGACCGGUCCAGGCUGGCACGUUAUCGUGGGUCCGGGCUUUGGGUUCGAGAUCUCCUACGAAGUGAAGAACAUACUCUACAUGUACUUUGGUGGCAACACGGGCAUCUUACUGUGGAAGUGCUCCUAG